UUCAAACCCCGCAACACUUCUUUCCCCUCAUCAACUCUCCAACGCCACACUUGCAGUCUGGCAUAGUUUACUCUUUAUUUCAACCUAUCUCUUAAACCUGAUAUCCCAAUUCUCAAUCCGACAACAGAAAUCUGCAAUCAUGGCAGAGAACCCAGACGUCUCUAAAAACAACAAGGCCUUCGUGCCCCUCGAAAACAACCCAGAAGUGAUGUCCCACCUAGUUCAUCAACUAGGACUCUCCCCGUCUCUAGGCUUCACAGACGUGUUCUCGCUCGAUGAACCCGAUCUCCUCGCGCUAGUCCCUCGCCCCUCGCAUGCCCUCCUCCUCGUCUUUCCCGUCUCGAAAACUUACGAAUCAUCUCGCAUUACAGAAGAUGGCCCCCUACCUGAGUACUCCGGUUCAGGGCCCCAAGAGCCCGUAACGUGGUUUAAACAGACGAUUCGGAAUGCAUGCGGGCUUAUCGGUCUCCUCCAUGCCGUGUCGAAUGGCGAGGCGAGGAAUCAUAUUCUUCCGGGUUCAGAUUUAGAGGGUCUAUUGAAAGAUGCAGAGGGGUUAGAGCCUAACCAGAGGGCAGAUCUGUUAUAUGAGAGCAAGGCGUUGGAGAGUGCGCAUGCGGACGCGGCAAAAUUGGGCGAUACGCAGGCACCUGGGGCCGAGGAUGAUGUGGAUUUGCACUUUGUAGCAUUUGUUAAAGGUGCUGAUGGAAAGUUGUGGGAGCUUGAUGGGCGGAGAAAGGGACCUCUAGAGCGUGGUGUGCUUGAACCUGAGGAGGAUGCGUUGAGUGAGAAGGCGCUGGAGCUGGGGGUUAGACGGUUCUUGGAGGUUGAGGCAAAGGGGGGGAACCCAGACCUGAGAUUCAGCCUUGUUAGUCUAGGGGGUGUUUUUGAUUGAUCUGGUUUAACUAGAUUUUGUGGACUAUACUGAGUUCUAGUGAAUAUCUGGAACGUAAACCCACAUAAGUGACACCGAUCCCACCGCAUGGAGCCACAAAACACAUUGUGAUCUAAUACAUAUCUCAUAAAUCAAAACCAAUGCCUCGAUAUACGAGUUGUCACUCAUCAGACCACCAGUUUUCUGAAUUAAAUUUAAGCACCUCAUUACCACAAGCCCACCAUCCUGCCGUCAAAUUGCGAGCAAAUACCUCCAGCGCCGAAUAGUGCACAGGAGCGGUAUUAGGCUCUGGCGUGAAGAAAGUUUUCUCAAAUGCCUCCUUUAGAUUCGGCUUCCGAGAAUGAACAUCAGGGACAGCAGCAAUAACCCUCCUCAAAAUGCCAUCACC